GAGGACGUCAUAUUGAGGAAACGAAACUUAACAUUCGAAACCAAAGCAAUCCACGUCGAAGCUGUUCUCCCGUUCAGGAGAAAAAUAAAACGCAUUUUGGAACAAAAAGUCAGACAGUAAGAACAAGAAUGGCCUGUGCUAACACGUCGUGGUCUGAAGAGAACUUUUCAUGUUCCAUCUGUCUGGAUGUGUUCAGCAGUCCAGUUACCACCGCAUGUGGACACAACUUCUGCAGAAACUGUCUAACAAAGUUCUGGGAUGAACAAGUCCUGUACAAAUGUCCUGUUUGCAACAAGCUUUUCAACACAAGACCUGAUCUACGGGUCAAUACCUUCUUAUCAGAGCUGGCUGCUCAGUUUAGAACAACCGUACGAGUAAAAGAGCAGCCUUGUGUUGAACCAGCAGAAGUUCCCUGUGACGUCUGUACUGGGACCCAGCAGAAGGCUGUGAAGUCCUGUCUAAUGUGUUUUACCUCUUACUGCCAAACCCACCUGGAGCCACAUCAGAGAGUCGCUCGCCUGCAGAAUCAUCGGCUGGUCGAGCCUAUGGACCGUCUGGAAGACAGGAUGUGUAAGAAACACGACCGACUUCUGGAGCUCUUCUGCCAGACUGAACAGGUGUGUGUGUGUCAGUUCUGCACAGAGGCAGACCACAAGUCCCAUCCUGUUGUACCUCUGAAGGAGGAAUAUGAAGUGAAGACGGCCCAGCUGGGGAAGAUAGAGGCUGAAGUUCCGCAGAUGAUCCAGGAGAGAAAACAAAAGAUUAAGGAGAUCAAAGACACAGUGGAACUGAGCAACAAAGACGCAGACAGAGAGAUAGCCCAUGGUGGGCAGGUCUUCACUGCUCUGAUAGGCUGUGUUGAAAAGGGCCGGGAUGAAUUCAACCAAACGGUUCAAGAGAAACUGAAAUCCACAGUGAAACAAGCUGGAGACCUCAUCAAAGAGCUGGAGCAGGAAAUAGAAGAUCUGACCAAUAGAAGCUCAGAGGUGAAGCGGCUCUCACACACUGAAGACCACCUCCACUUCCUCCAGACCUUCAGAUCCCUGAAGGAUCCUCCACCCACCAGGGACUGGACCACGGUGGAGCUCCGUUCUCCGUCAUACGUAGGGACCUUGAGGAGAUCCCUGGAUCAGCUGGAGGAGACACUGAACAUGGAGAUGAAGAAGCUGCCUGAUGAUGCUGAACUGAAGAGGGUCCAGCAGUAUGAAGUAGAUGUGACUCUGGAUCCUGAUACAGCUCAUCCCAGGCUCAUCCUGUCUGAGGAUGGGAAACAAGUACAUGAUGGAGGUGAAGAGGAGGAACUCCCAGACAACCCUAAGAGGUUUACAUACACUCCAUUUGUUCUCUCGAGGCAGGGCUUGUCCUCAGGGAGAUUUUACUUUGAGGUCCAGGUUAAAGACAAGACUGCAUGGGGGUUAGGAGUGGUCAGAGAGUCCAUCGACAGAAAAGGUCUGACAGAGCCGACCCCUGAGACGGGUUUAUGGACUCUUUGGUACAACAAUGAUGCGUUGUUAUUUUAUGAUGACCCUGUUGUCCAUCUCCCUCUGAGAGCUGGGCUCCAGAAGGUGGGGGUGUUUGUUGAAUAUGACGAGGGUCUGGUCUCCUUCUAUGAUGUGGAAGCCAGGGUUCAUAUCUACUCUGCUACUGGCUGCACCUUCACUGAGCCUCUCUAUCCAAUCCUCUGUCCAUGGAUACAUGAAGAAGGUACAAACUCUGCCCCCCUGAUCAUCUCACCUGUCAAUGACCCGCCUGACGACCUACAGCACAGGUCAGACAGAUGGAGGGUGAGAUAUGAAGGGCUGAACGGAGGGAUGGACGGGUUAAUAGACUCAAUAACGGUCUGGGUGGUCUCAGCCGACUUUGACGCUCCGUACGAGGAGCUGCAGCAGCUGGGACAGGGAGGCUUCGGGAGUGUCUUUGCUGGCUGCCGGAAAGAGGACCGUCUGCCUGUCGCUAUAAAGCACAUCCCAAGGGCCAAGGUCACAAUGACACAGGACGUGAUGUGUUCGUGUGGGCAGAGCCAAGGGUUAAGGGAGGAGCCAUGUGUUAGGGGAGGAGAGGACGUCAUAUUGAGGAAACGAAACCAAAGCAACCCACGUCGAAGCUGUUCAACCGUUCAGGAGAAAAAUAAAACGCAUUUUGGAAUAGAAAGUCUGACAGUAAGAACAAGAAUGGGAUGUGCUAACACUUCCUGGUCUGAAGAGAACUUUUCAUGUUCCAUCUGUCUGGAUGUGUUCAACAGUCCAGUUACCACCACAUGUGGACACAACUUCUGCAGAACCUGUAUUACAAAGUUCUGGGAUGGACAAGUCAAGUACAAAUGUCCUGUUUGCAACAAGCUUUUCAACACAAGACCUGAUCUACAGGUCAAUACCUUCUUAUCAGAGCUGGCUGCUCAGUAUAGAACAACCGUACGUGUAAAAGAGCAGCCUUGUGUUGACCCAGCAGAAGUUCCCUGUGACGUCUGUACUGGGACCCAGCAGAAGGCUGUGAAGUCCUGCCUAGUGUGUCUUAUCUCUUACUGCCAAACCCAUCUGGAGCCACAUCUGAGAGUCCCAGGCCUGAAGAAACAUCGGCUGGUCGAGCCUAUGGACCGUCUGGAAGACAGGAUGUGUAAGAAACACGACCGACUUCUGGAGCUCUUCUGCCAGACUGAACAGGUGUGUGUGUGUCUGUUGUGCACAGUGACAGACCACAAGUCCCAUCCUGUUGUACCUCUAAAGGAGGAAUAUAAAGUGAAGACGGUCCAGCUGGGGAUGACGGUGACUGACGUUCCGCAGAAGAUCCAGGAGAGGAAACAAAAGAUUAAGGAGAUCAAAGACACAGUGGAACUGAGCAACAAAGGAGCAGACAGAGAGAUAGCCCAUGGUGGGCAGGUCUUCACUGCUCUGAUAGGCUGUGUUGAAAAGGGCCGGGAUGAAUUCAACCAAACGGUUCAAGAGAAACUGAAAUCCACAGUGAAACGAGCUGAAGACCUCAUCAAAGAGAUGGAGCAGGAAAUAGAAGAUCUGACCAAUAGAAGCUCAGAGGUGAAGCGGCUCUCACACACUGAAGACCACCUCCACUUCCUCCAGACCUUCAGAUCCCUGAAGGAUCCUCCACCCACCAGGGACUGGACCACGGUGGAGGUCCGUCCUCCGUCAUACGCAGGGACCUUGAGGAGAUCCCUGGAUCAGCUGGAGGAGACACUGAACAUGGAGAUGAAGAAGCUGCCUGAUGAUGCUGGACUGAAGAGGGUCCAGAAGUAUGAAGUAGAUGUGACUCUGGAUCCUGAUACAGCUUAUCCCCUUCUCAUCCUGUCUGAGGAUGGGAAACAAGUACAUCAUGGAGGUGUGGGGAAGGAACUCCCAGACAACCCUAAGAGAUUUAGAACGUAUCCAUUUGUUCUCACGAGGCAGAGCUUCUCCUCAGGGAGAUUUUACUUUGAGGUCCAGGUUAAGGACAAGACUGCAUGGGGGUUAGGAGUGGCCAGAGAGUCCAUCAACAGAAAAGGUGAGACGGUGUGGACCCCUGAGACGGGUUACUGGGCUCUUUCCUAUAACAAGGAUGUGUUGGUAUUUAGAAAUAACCCUUCUGUCCGUCUCCCUCUGAGAGCUGCGCUCCAGAAGGUGGGGGUGUUUGUUGAUUAUGAUGAGGGUCUGGUCUCCUUCUAUGAUGUGGAAGCCAGGGUUCAUAUCUACUCUGCUACUGGCUGCACCUUCACUGAGCCUCUCUAUCCAAUCCUCUGUCCAUGGUUACAUGAAGAAGGUAGAAACUCUGCCCCCCUGAUCAUCUCACCUGUCAAUCAAACAGACUAGGACCUUUGUUUGAUAAUAAAAUAAUCAAACGACCAAAACAACUAAUGUUGUUUCCUGAAUUUGAAUAGAAUUAGAAUCUCUACUAUGUGAGAUCUGGGAGAUCUGCAUUAAUGUCAUACUGCUGUCAAAUAACGAGAAAAAUAUCUUUAAGAAUUAACCCUGUAGUUGUGUAACAUAACACUUUAUAAAGGGUUAUAUUACACUCCAUUUAUGUGUCUGUUUUCCCUUUAUUUCUCUUACACGUUUAAAGAUAUACCAUUUUUUGCAGUAAUGUAGAACAUGUUUAGAGGAUUAAUAUGUAUGAAUAAUAAUUUGAAAAUGUAAUAUAUAUUUGAAUAUUGAAUGACAAAACAAUCCAAUGUCUUACACUUGUGAUUUUAAUAAAAAGAAAAGGGAAAUAUUUUAAAGUGUGGCCUACAUUAUCAUGUAAUGGAUCAUUUCAGGGGAAUAGAUAGACUGUGUAGCCGCACCCAUUCUGCCGGAGAUGGAGAAGAACAAUACAUUCCGUUACGUUUUUGCGGGAGCCAAUCACCAAGCUGGCUUCUCCCCUGUGGCUGGUUUAACAAGUAUAAAUAUAAGUAUAACUAUACUGUUUCUGUAA